AUGAAGGCUGCAGCGAUGUCUGUGUGGAUUUUUAUUAACCUCUUGUGUUUUGGGAUGUGUGGUUACUUAUAUUUAAUAUGGUCUCAAUAUUGGAUGAGUAUUGAAAGACAGAAAUUGUUUAGUGAUUCACAAUUUGGUGCUGCGCGAAAAAGUUCAAGAUUACACUUUCAAGAUGCCUCUCCAGAAAAGUUAGAAUUAUUUAAGAUAAACAAAUCAUCUUUCUAUGAUUCCAUUCUGAAAUCGCGAAGAUCGGUUGUGCUCAAGACUGCCCAUAUUUCACAGUCUUCCAAUACAAAACUGUCUUCAGAUCGACCGUCCGUUAAUAUAAUUGUGAAAAGUCAUGGAAAGCCUCGUUUUCCUAACUUACAUAAGGCUAUAUUAGAGUUCGAUACGGAUAAGUACGAAUGUGCAGAUUUGACAACAACAGAAUGUGAGGACCAGUCAAGGGAAUUUAGAGAGCUUGUGUUAAAAGAAUUCCACCGUGUUUUAAUGGGUGACAGCAAAGUUUUUACAUCGGGAUUAGAAAAUCAAAAUACCUACGAUGUGAAAUAUGAGAGAGAUGGUCCGUUACGAAAUAGUCGCAAGGAUAUUUUGUGCGCAUUAAAAAAUGUUGCAGUAAAAACGGUGACAGCAAAUGAUGAACCAUUUUUAGAUUUAGGUUAUUCAAUCCCAAAAUCUCCGUUACAAGGAAAUCGGCUGUAUAACACGUGUGCGGUUGUGACAAGUGCUGGAGCAUUACUGGGAUCUCGAUUCGGAAAAUUUAUUGAUUCUCAUGAGAUGGUGCUUAGAUUUAAUAACGCUCCAACCGAAAACUAUACUGAUGACGUGGGUUCCAAGACGACCUUUCGUAUCCUCAAUUCUCAGGUUGUCUCUAAGCCACAAUAUAAGUUCCUUGAAGACCCUUUAUAUAGAAAUGUAUCAAUAUUAAUAUGGGAUCCCGCUAAUUAUUCCUCAUCCCUUGAAGACUGGUAUAAUCACCCUGAUUUUCCUCUGUUUUCUGUUUACAAAAAGUUGCUCGACAUUCGACCAGAUUCUGACGUUCAUUUGCUAAAUCCUACGGUGCUAUGGCGUCUAUGGAAUUUAUUACAAAAUCUGUCGCCUUAUAGAUUAAGAAAGAAUCCUCCCUCUUCAGGUUUCAUAGGCAUCUGGUUCGCCCUACAUCGUUGUCACCGCGUACGCGUCUUCGAGUACGUACCAUCCGUACGUGCGACUAAACGUUGCCACUAUUACUUGACAGGUGACGACCCUGGAUGUACACUUGGUGCAUGGCAUCCGCUAGCCCAGGAAAAGGCUUUGGCGGACAGGAUACGUGAUAAUUCGGACGUGGACGUCUUCCAAAGAGGCUUCAUUGAUAUACUGGGGGUUAGGAAGAUGACAUGUGAUGCUUAG